AGGAAGAUCUAUUAUUUUCUUUACGCUUUAUCUUUGUUGUCUUUGGAUGGUAUCUGCUGAUAACUAUCACUCCGAGGGCGUAAAACGCAUUGUAUGCAAUGGAUCAGAACUUAAUGUAAAAUGCACUGGGACUAGAUGGAAAAUAUCUUAUCUGGGAACUGAUGAAUCUGUAUCGAUUGAAGAAACAGGCAAUUCUAUAUACAUAACAGGUGUAGAAAAAACCUUUUAUCCGACGAAGUAUAUGGAUGGGAGUAUUUUAUACCCAGAUGGUUAUAGACUAGUUCUCCACUCAGAUGUUGUAUAUAAUGGUGUUCCCAUAAAAAUAAUUAUAAUGGCUAGUGUGAUAUUUUUAAUUAUUGCUGUGUCAUUUUUAUUAUUCUUAAGGCUGGAAGUAUUCUUUCUUAAAGAAGACAAAUGGCAUAGAAAAUAUUUUGUAUGA